UAUUUUAUUCUAGAUUUUUUUUUUCUAGAGGGUGAGAACCCAGAUGUGACUUUAACAGUCCAUAUUAUUAUUUAUUUGUAUAGAAUUUUCCAGGUCUGUAUCAUAAGCUCCUGAAUAAACUGGUGCAGCAUUGGCAUGGCCAACUUAGUCAAUGGAGAAAAAAGCAUGAGCAGCAGCAGUAGCCCUGCAAGUGUGAAGAAUAAUGCCCCUCAGAAGGGUGGAAAUAGCUUCCCAUGUGAAGCAUCAGUGUCAGAUUGCAAUGAGAGUGAUUCAAGUUAUUUAGAUGUUUCCUUAGCUGAUUCUAUAAGUGUUUAUUUGGGUAGUUCAGAUGAUGAUAUCACUGAGAAAGGAAGUGGAACUGGAACUAAGGAAAACUUGACAUGUAGUUCUAAAAUGAUUUCAACUUCAAAAGAGACUACCCCUUCUAAUGAGGACAUUGAUAAUCAUGUUGAAGUUGAUAACACUGCUACUGGAAAGGGCAAAAUAGAGGACAUCAAUAAGCAUGCUGAAGUUGAUAACAGUGCCACGGAAAGUGGCAAAGUAGAAGACAUCGAUACGCAUGUUGAAGUUGAUAACAGUGCCACUGAAAGGGGCAAAGUAGAGGACAUUGAUAAUCAUGUUGAAGUUGAUAACACUGCUACUGGAAAGGGCAAAAUAGAGGACAUCAAUAAGCAUGCUGAAGUUGAUAACAGUGCCACGGAAAGUGGCAAAGUAGAGGACAUCGAUAAGCAUGUUGAAGUUCAUAACAGUGCCACUGAAAGUGGCAAAAUAGAGGACAUCGAUAAGCAUGUUGAAGUUGAUAACAGUGCCACUGAAAGUGGCAAAGUAGAGGACAUCAAUAAGUGUGUCGAAGUUGAUAGCAGUGCCAUGGAAAGUGGCAAAGAAGAGGACAUCAAUAAGCAUGUUGAAGUUGAUCGCAGUGCCACGGAAAGUGGCAAAGAAGAGGACAUUGAUAAGCAUGUUGAAGUUGAUAACAGUGCCACUGAAAGAGGCAAAGAUAUCAGAACUGAGGAUGCCAUUUCUGUUGAUCAUUGUGAGGUCCCUACACAGGUGCCAAGAACUGAAGCAAAUUUAAAAUUGAAUGAACAGAAUUCUCAGGAAAAUUGUAUGGAUGUAGAAAAGUUCAAUGAAACUGCAACCAAUGCUCCCAAAAUUUGUGCCAAUCAAGAUAAUGAAAUUACAACUGGUCUUCUUGGUAAGAAGAGAAAAUUAGAUGACAGUGACUCAGAUGUUAUUGAGAUUGAUGAUGAACAAUUGUCUAAAAAGGCUAAAACUACACAUAUUUCAAAGUCUUCUACUUAUAAAAAUGGAAUGUUUACAAAUCAAGUUGAAAAUAACAAUUUACAUGCUUCUGACGAUUCAAUGAUUAUUGAUGAUCCAGAAGAAUUACCAAUUAAUGCUCCAAAAAAUGACAAGCUUGAAAAAAAUGCCACAAACCCUGCUGUUGGUCAAUUGCCCUCUCAGCAAAUUUCAGCUCAAAACCAAAGUUCUAAUAAAAAGUCUGCCGAAGAUGUUGAGAUUCUUGACAGUUAUGUACCAGAAAAUGUUAGCAGUGCGAAAUUGAACUCGAGUAAGGAAAUUAAUGGAAGCAGCUCAACUGAAGUAUCCAAGGAAAUUCAGGAAGAUGCAUCCCCGGGUAAGAAUUCCAACAAAAGGAAAGGCACUGAGGAAAACAUUGAAGAUGAAACAGAUGAAGCCACACCUGAAAGUCCACAGAAUUUAGCUGCUAUUCUCACUCCAUUAAAGCUGGAUUGUACCACUGAAGAGCUGUCUGAGGUGCAGUCAAAGACUUACAGUCAGUUUCAGUCUGACUAUUUGAUGUUGCUGGGGAUUCUUCAGAAUAUAGAUACUGUAAAGGUCAUUGAUUCUCAUAGUAAGCCAAGUGGUCGUGGAGGUCGGGCUCGAGGUGGUCUGCAUCGUGGCCAGGGUCAAAAUCGAGGCCAAGACACUCAAGCCUCAUCUGGGUCUACUAAAAAGUUUCCCGAAUGGCAGUAUCCUACUACAACUCGCAAAUCCAGCAACAAGAAAUCCUCUGCCUUGACCAUUACCAUUCCAACCUCACCUGAAAUUCCAACCAUUAAUACAAGCAAGAGAACAUCUAGAAAAUCAGACUCACUGAGUCUUCCUCUUAAGGGGAGCAGCGCACCCUUAGCAAAUGCACGUCGUGCUCGUGCUGAUGACGUUGAUGUGGCUGAAAUUCCUACUCCAGCGGGUGCUAAACCUACGGUUUCAGCUACCAAAAGAAGGGAAGAGAGUCCUGAGAUUGAGGUUGUGUCUGAGAAGAAGAUCAGCACUCCAGGGCUAAAUGUAAAAACGCCCACCGUUCAGAAAGUUGCACCCGCCUUUGUUCCUGCAUCUCAUGCUGCAUUGCUCAACAUUUUAGCUCGCCCUAUCAACAUGCAUCCAGUAUCCAUUGCUGUGAAGGACCGAAAAGAACUUGAUGGGAUGGUGAAGGCAGCUCUGGUGAAGAGUCAACAGGGUUUCGUAGAGUGGCUGUUUGGACUGCAGCUCCUUAAAGACAGGAUGAUGUGUCACAAACAUCCUGAUAAACCAGUCAAACUGGGACUGUUCCAAAUGCCAUCAAUACUGCCAUCAUCUGGAGGAUACGUUUGGUUAAGUGACUGCUGCUCUCACGGCACAAAGUUUGUUUCAAUUUACUCCGGCUCCAUAUUUGCUAUUGGUCUUAAAGAAGGCAUCUCAGCGACGUCUGUUUUGAAGCUUAUCUAUCAUUGGAGUUGUCAGACCACCGUGACCAAUGUUGAAAACUGGGUCAAGGUAUCGCGCGAAGUGAUAGGCAGGUGCUACCACUACCUGCGGUGCGUGUGCUCCGUCAUCCUGCAAGACAAGCUGCACAGCAUGGGAUGCCAUGGAUCUGCCGUUGAAUUGGGCGUCGUGUCUCUGGGAACAACCACUCCUGACGGCGCUAAGAAGAGCGUUAAGGUGGAAAUCCUGGGUCUAUAUGACCGGCAAUCGAAGGCGUUCAGGCUGUAUGCGUCGGAGCCUCAGAGCAACGUGAACUCGGCGCAGCGCUUCUUGCACAUCCUCAAGCCUGUGCUCUCUACGGUGCAUCAUAACGCCGUUAUAGUGUGCGAUGGCAGCAUCGAUAAGACCAGCCUGCCUGCCAUGAACUAUAAAAAACUUGUAGUUUGUCAACAUAAUCAUGACGGCACUCGGGAAGACUCCAACUCUACCAUCAUGUCUUACCUCAGGAAGCACGUACCUAAGAUGUUUCAGAACUCGUUGUCAACACUAACCCUGGAGCAAGUGCAGUUAGUGCUGGACGAGUUAUGCUGGAGGGAAACGUUCGGACGGUCGCCAUCACAUUCCUACAUCAACAUGAUGCAGCAGCUCGCCUACCUCACAUACAGGGAGACCGAGAACAAUGGUCUGCUGUGUCUACUCGACUUCCUAGCACACACUCACUCCAAGUGCUGGCGCUACGUAGCAGACAGCGCCGCGCCUCCCAUCACACUGCCCCCCAGCCCCAAUCCCAGCCUUCCGUCCAAAAACUUGUACCCGCUGCCUGCAGUGAUACCCAUCAACCGCUCCUCUGCGCCUGCUGUGCACCCUGCUUUUGAUGUGGACGUCAACGACAUCAAUAAGAACCUCGUGGGAGUCCCGCAAACUAUUGAUGUGCACCCCAACAAUGUGAUAAGUCCAGUGACGCACGAGAACAAAGUUGUGCUCACCAUCGUUAACAACGAAAUCCGCUCCAUGCGCAACACGAGCAAGAGACCCAAGCCCAUACGUCUGGAGCCUGCCAGCAAGACUCCAACCGAGUCUCCCAAAAAUAGCACCAAAGCAACUAUUAAAGACACUCCAACGACCACAUCGAUAGUUGCUGCAGCUUCCAUCAAGUCGCCUGCCCCUAGCAUUUCUACAGUGGCGUCUGGUGAACCAUCUCUUGUUACUCUAGAUGACACUACGACUACAAGCGAAGUAGUUUCUAAUAAUCUCUCAAGCUCAUUGAAUUUGCCCCCUGGUCCAAACAAGCCUUCUACACCAAGCGGUUUUGUUAGCAAACCCAUUUCAUUUCAUCUAGUUAAUAACCCAGUUUCCAGCCAAAAACCCAUUCUUCCUGAUCCUGCUCCUGUUGUUACUGAAGCUGCUUCCGUGACUGGGGCGGUCUCUAUUAACAACCUUGGCACUCCACUUUCCAAUAGCGCUAUUCGCCCACCUCCCGCCAGCAAUAUUCUCCAGCGUUCUGCUGCUGUUCCAAGUAACCAUAUCACUGCUGUUAGCAAUCCAGCUUCUCCAAUUCCCACUCCUUCACCGGUGUCUUCUGCUUCCGUUCAAUCCUGCCCAUCCCCCGCUUUAUCGUCUUCUUCAUCUGUUGUCGAGUGUAUCACCGAGCUGCAGCCCGGAAAAACAGGGAAGGAUCUUGUGUCUUAUUACUACGGGGAAGUUCCUGGCGACAGCUCCGUGGCCAGAGAAGACAACCUCUGCAAGAUCGAGUGCCAUGUGUGUCAGGCCUCUUACAUUGACAACGUGGAGUUUUACGAGCACCUCAAGAGCCACUUGUUCGAGAAGGGGCUCCUGGGCCGCGUGAUCUGCCCGUACUGCAUCCUCAGCUACUCUGAUGACGCAGCCGUCGCCAUUCACGUCGAGCGGGUUCACAACCCUGAGAGGAUGAAUGACCUGCUGUGCCGUAUCUGCAUGAUGUCCUUCGAGACGGAGGAGUAUCUGAUACGCCACAUGGCCGACAAGCAUGUCGAGGCAGAACUACCCUACCGCUGCGAGGUCUGCAACUACGCCACCUCUUACUACACCAAAGCCAUCGACCACUUCCGCACGGAGCACCGCGGCGCCCCUUACGUGCAGUGUCACUUCUGUCUUCUGGUGCGCGUUGUGUCGCCGGGAGACGUUGCCUCGCUCUCUUCGUGGUUCUUAUCGCAUCUCCUUGAACACGCUCGGGGCCUGCGCUGCACCUACUGUGUACUCACCCUGAAGAAUAAGAGUCGGAAGGUCAUGCAGGCUCACAUGGUCACCCACGCGUCCUACAAGCGCCGGAAAGAUCUGGUGCGCUAUUCUUCAUCAACAUGCAAGUUAGUGAUACCAAACUUGGCGGCGCUGUCGUCCUCGCGCAAGAACGACGCCAACUUAUCCAAUCCCAUCACGAAUAUGAGGCCCGCCGUCGCCAUGAGCAGACUGCUGGACCACAACAAAAGCCUCUCAUUGAAUGCCUGCAACAAUAAUUUGUGCUCCGAGUGCAAAAGACCUCUGAGCACACCUGGCCAUUACAAUUCGUACCAGUCGUGCACGCAGUGUCCGUACGCGACUUCGUGCAGCGCUAUGAUGCCUCGCCACUAUCACGUGUUCCAUCCCGCGCUCGGACAAGAUCGUACCUACAAGAUGGGUCCGCCCAUCAUCCUGCCGCAACCGCUGGUCUGUUGCUGUGGAUUCUCAUCCAAUUCUGGCCACCGGUUGGCGACUCAUUUGGCGCUGUGCGUGACGGGCAACAAGACCGCCUAUCCAGAGGACGUGGAUGACUCGCUUCAAACGGAUAACGCGCUACAGCAACGUUCAAAGCUGAAGUUAAACCUCGCCAUGUUUGUUAGCUCACAAACCGGUGGCGGCUUGAAAAUAGCUGAGGAGAACAUGAGCUAAGGGGCGCCGCAAUUCAUCGGCUACUUGGUCAUGGCCAGUGCCAUCUUCGUGGUUUUUGUCGCCACAUUUUCCUCUUCUGACGAAGACAUUCAAGUCUCGGCAUCUCACUAGGUGUACUCUAUGCAAUGAAUUUACUUCUAUCAGUUCUCAAGAUAAAUCUCAAGCUCUAGUUGAACGUGUUAGGACUGAAAGUAUUACUUUGUUUUUGUUUAUCAUCAUAUUUGAGACGGAAAAGAUUUUUACGGAUAAGUUCUCUAAGGCUAAUAAUAUAAUUAAUUAAAAUUUUAAAAUCAUCCAUAACGGAAAUGUUGAAUUUGAUUAUUGAUGUGGCAGUUUCAGUGACACAACCUUCAACUUAUUUUUUUGUGCGUCUUGCGAUGCAGUUUUCUAAAAUAAUAUAAAAGGAAAUUAGUAAUAUGUGAAGUGAUUCAUAGUGGAACAGAAUCGCUACUUGUGUACGUUUUCUUUCGACAUGAACUGUGUCGAACUCCUGAACUGCAUUGAUAAAGCGUAACCCGGGCACACGGCGCACAACAGCUAAUCUAUGAUAAUCCUCGUGCAGAUUUGAAUGCAUCCAUUUAGUGUUGAGCACCGCUGUUCUAUUUAGCUAGAUCGUAUGGUGGAGUCAAAGGGACUUGAAAUUCUUACCACGCUCCGGAAAAUACUUAUGAGAUUGUUAUGAGAGUAACAGCAUUUGCCUUCUCUGUUCCUGUGAAUUUGGUGAUGAGAAUUGUAAUUGACGUCAUUUUACUUAUGAAAUUUUCUUUUUGAAUUGUCUGAUACAUACCCCUUAACGGCGGAAAAUCUGCACUGAAAAAUUAUUAUAGUUUCUUACAAUGUUUGCAGCGAGUUACUUAGGUUACGGAUUUUUCCCCCCUCAUUCCGUCUGAAGAGGAGGCGUGUUUGAACGGAGUAAUGGGAAAGUUAUAUUAUUUAGGUGUAUCUGAUGACGGAACGGGGUGAUGAUGUACUGUUCAGUUACUCGUCUCAUCAUUUCCAGUUUUGUAUGAAAAAUGUGAUGUAAAUAAGUAAGGGAAUUUUCCUAUUCCUGUCUCUCGUGUAGAUGUGUGUGGUGAUAGUACAAUGAGCUUUGUGCAGUCACGUUCUAAGAACAACUUGUAGGAUAAAAAGAUGAAGUUCUGUUCAUAAGUUCAUUAAUUUUACGCUGCUCUCUCUUCUAAUAGUACAGGUUCUGGAAAUAUUUCCUUAGGUAUAAAUUUACUUUUUGACUCACGGAUAAGCUAGGAUGGUCUUAUUGUUCGAUUAUAUCCUCGUGCAUCUAAAAGAAACCAUCACAGUAUGUAAAUAAAACAUUUUGGCUCCCGGCA